CACGGAAACCAAUUUUGACAAGACCGCGAACCAUCCGGAAAAAAUUGGCGAAGGUUAAUAUGUCGCAACAUCUUUACGAUCAGGAUGAGUUCUUUCAGUACUAUAUCAAGCUUGAACGCCAAAUUAAGGGACUUGCUGGUGCGCCGGAAUGGCCCCAGUUAAAGGCAAUGCUUCCGGAUCUCAAUGGCCUCAGUGUGUUGGACCUAGGCUGCGGAUUUGGCUGGUUCUCUCGGUUCGCGAGAGAGAAUGGUGCAGCAUCUGUCAGAGCGAUUGACCUUUCUGAGAAGAUGCUGGAUAAAGCACGAAGCAUGACCAACGAUGACAAGAUUGAAUACGAAAGAGUUGACCUCGAAGAGCUGAAAUUGACAGAAAAUCAGUACGAUGUCGUUUUCAGCUCUCUUACCUUUCACUAUCUCGCCAACUUUCCGGCCUUGACCAAUGAAAUCAAUAAGGGUCUCAAGUCUUCGGGGCGUUUAGUGUUCUCGAUUGAGCACCCGAUAUUUACUGCGCCAUCGAAACCGGGCUUUGUUGUGGAUGAGGAGACAGGUCGCAAAUUCUGGCCGUUGGAUGAUUAUCAAACGGAAGGAUUGAGAAUCACCAAUUGGCUUGCACCGGGAGUCAAGAAGCAGCAUCGAACAGUAGGGAGUUAUAUCAAUAUACUACUCAACAGCGGAUUUCGUCUGACGGACUUCGUGGAAUGGCGACCAAGUAAAGAUGAAUUGAUACGAUAUCCUUCGAGAGAAAGUGAAGUUGUAAGACCGACGUUUUUGUUGAUGGCUGCGACGAAGGAUUAAGUUUUGGUUAUGCAUGUAAAGGGUACCUUGAUAUAGCGAUAUACUUCUUAAGGGACGGAAUCCUUGUAGAAAAAGAUUACAUAAUGAUAUGGUUAAAUAUCGGCGAUACUUCCAACUAUAUAAUGAUUACAUAAUGCUGUAGAGAAGUGCGCCAGGGAUCUUUGGAAGCUACC